UAGAGCUGCCAAGGCAACCAGCGCGACACUUCCGCUGUUGGGACGUCACUUCCGGCGCGCCGGCCCGGGUACAUCCGGGUUCAGGCCGCCGCCGGGAAGGGCUUUUCGCGGAGCGUGCGGAGCUGUGUUCGGUUCGCUGGGCGGCUCUUAGAGUAACUGGCCAUGUCUCUGUCCCAUUUGUACCGGGACGGGGAAGGCCACAUGGAUGAUGAUGAUGAUGAGCGAGAGAACUUUGAGAUCACCGACUGGGACCUCCAGAAUGAGUUCAACCCCCACCGGCAGCGCCACUGGCAGACCAAGGAGGAGGCCACCUAUGGGGUGUGGGCCGAGCGUGACUCAGAUGAGGAGAGGCCCAGUUUUGGAGGAAAACGGGCCCGCGACUACUCUGCGCCCGUCAACUUCAUCAGCGCAGGGCUCAAGAAAGGGGCGGCUGAGGAGGCAGUGCUGGAAGAUUCUGAGGAUGAAGAGAAACCGAUUAAGCAGGAAGACUUUCCUAAAGAUUUUGGACCAAAGAAGUUAAAAACGGGCGGCAAUUUUAAGCCCAGCCAGAAAGGUUUUGCAGGAGGAACCAAAUCUUUCAUGGACUUUGGCAGCUGGGAAAGACACACGAAGGGAAUUGGGCAGAAGCUUCUUCAGAAGAUGGGCUACGUCCCUGGGCGAGGUCUUGGGAAGAACGCACAGGGAAUCAUCAACCCCAUCGAAGCCAAACAGAGGAAAGGGAAAGGAGCCGUGGGGGCCUAUGGCUCGGAGCGGACCACGCAGUCCCUGCAGGACUUCCCUGUGGUGGACUCGGAAGAAGAAGCCGAAGAGGAGUUUCAGAAGGAGCUGAGCCAGUGGAGAAAAGACCCCAGUGGGAGCAAGAAGAAGCCCAAGUACUCCUACAAGACGGUGGAGGAGCUGAAGGCCAAGGGCAGGAUCAGCAAGAAGCUCACGGCUCCCCAGAAGGAACUUUCUCAGGUCAAGGUCAUUGACAUGACGGGCCGGGAGCAGAAGGUCUACUACAGCUACAGCCAGAUCAGCCACAAGCACAACGUGCCCGACGACGGGCUCCCGCCGCAGUCCCAGCUGCCACCCCUGCCCGGCAAGGAGGCCAAAGCCCCCGGCUUCGCCCUGCCCGAGCUGGAGCACAACCUGCAGCUGCUCAUCGACCUCACGGAGCAGGAGAUCAUCCAGAACGACCGGCAGCUGCAGUAUGAGCGGGACAUGGUGGUGAACCUGUCCCACGAGCUGGAGAAGAUGACCGAGGUCCUGGAGCACGAGGAGCGCGUCAUCUCCAACCUGAGCCGGGUGCUGGAGAUGGUGGAGGAGUGCGAGCGGCGCAUGCAGCCCAGCUGCCCCAACCCCCUCACCCUGGACGAGUGCGCCCGCGUCUUCCAGACCCUGCAGGACAAGUACUACGAGGAGUACCGCAUGUCGGACCGCGUGGACCUGGCUGUGGCCAUCGUCUACCCGCUCAUGAAGGACUACUUCAAGGAGUGGGAUCCCCUCAAGGACUGCACCUACGGCACGGAGAUCAUCUCCAAGUGGAAGAGCCUCCUGGAGAACGACCAGAUCCUGUCCCAUGGCGGUCAGGACCUCUCCGCAGAUGCCUUUCACAGGCUCAUCUGGGAAGUUUGGAUGCCUUUUGUUCGAAAUAUCGUCAACCAGUGGCAGCCAAGAAACUGUGAUCCGAUGGUGGACUUCCUGGACAGCUGGGUACAUAUCAUCCCCGUGUGGAUCCUGGACAACAUCCUGGACCAGCUCAUCUUCCCCAAGCUGCAGAAGGAGGUGGACAACUGGAAUCCCCUGACGGACACGGUCCCCAUCCACUCCUGGAUCCACCCGUGGCUGCCCCUCAUGCAGGCGCGGCUGGAGCCCCUCUACUCCCCCAUCCGCAGCAAGCUGUCCAGUGCCCUGCAGAAGUGGCACCCCAGCGACUCCUCGGCCAAGCUCAUCCUCCAGCCCUGGAAGGACGUCUUCACCCCCGGCUCCUGGGAGGCGUUCAUGGUCAAGAACAUCGUGCCCAAGCUGGGGAUGUGUCUGGGUGAGCUGGUUAUCAACCCCCACCAGCAGCACAUGGACGCCUUCUACUGGGUCAUCGACUGGGAGGGGAUGAUCUCCGUCUCCAGCCUGGUGGGGCUCCUCGAGAAGCACUUCUUCCCCAAGUGGCUCCAGGUGCUGUGCUCCUGGCUCAGUAAUGGCCCCAAUUACGAGGAGAUCACCAAGUGGUACCUGGGCUGGAAGUCCAUGUUCUCAGACCAGGUGCUGGCCCAUCCGUCUGUCAAGGACAAGUUUAAUGAAGCACUGGACAUCAUGAACAGGGCGGUGUCCUCUAAUGUUGGGGCCUACAUGCAGCCGGGAGCGCGGGAGAACAUCGCCUACCUCACCCACACGGAGCGGAGGAAGGACUUCCAGUACGAGGCCAUGCAGGAGCGCCGUGAGGCCGAGAACAUGGCCCAGAGGGGCAUCGGUGUGGCCGCCAGCUCUGUGCCCAUGAACUUUAAGGACCUCAUUGAGACCAAGGCCGAGGAACACAACAUCGUGUUCAUGCCCGUCAUCGGCAAGCGGCACGAGGGGAAGCAGCUGUACACCUUUGGCCGCAUCGUGAUCUACAUUGACCGGGGGGUGGUGUUUGUCCAGGGCGAGAAGACCUGGGUGCCCACCUCCCUGCAGAGCCUCAUCGACAUGGCCAAAUAGACCAGAGAGGUGCCUCACAGAGGCAAUGUGCACGAACAGUGUUUGAUUAUCUUUGAGGUCAGGCCAGGCCACUAGGAAGAACACUGCUUUACAAGUGCAUCAGUCCUGUUCUGGGUGCUGGAGUUAAACUCAGGGGUGCUUAACCACUGAGCCACAUCCCCAGCUCCCUUUUUAAUAUUUUAUUUAGGGACAGGGUCUCACCAAGUUGCUUAGGGCCUCACUAAGUUGCUGAGGCUGGCCUUGAGUUCACAAUCCUCCUGCCUCAGCCUCCUGAGCUGCUGGGAUGACAGGCAUGUGCCACCGCACCUGGCUGACCAGUGUCGGUCUUCACACUGAGUUCUCAGGCUAUACAUCAUCCUAAAAGCACCUCAGCUGGUGAGGUGCACUGUAGUGAGUGCAGGUCAGCAACAGGGUCUAUCGUUAUCUUCCUGAUGAUUUCAAGGUCCUCGCAGUCCUGAUACUCUGGUUCUUCCCCAAAUGCCCACACAUCCCUGGAGAGCUGUUCCAGCUUUUGUGCAGGGAACCAGUGAACAGAGGUGUCAUUAAAGGUGUCUGUGUACUGGGGUGUCUGAGGCAGCUCGACUUCCUCCAGCCCUUCCAGAAUCUGAGCAGAAAAAUUCAAACAUGAUGACAUCAGUCACACCAGGGUCCGCACUUCCUGCUAAAUUUCACCACCUCGUCCCUUGGAAAAAAUAAGGAAUAGGAGACUACUGAUGCUCUAGCACAGGGCAUUGACACCCCUAGGACAGUGGUGUGCUGGACAGUGACCCUGAUAUAGGGGCAAUCAGGAAAACACUAAGGGGGUGCUGAAAUGUCACAGCUCUCUGGAACACACCCCCAUGGAGAGGGUUGCUGAUGGUACAGUGCUGUCACUGUCUCCACUGGCAGAGUGUCUACCUGGAGCAAAGCUGGACUCUCCACAGUGAGCAGGGGAGUGGUUCCACCCUCUUCCCGCCAGGCCCCUUUAUUCAGAUACCUUUGCAACAUAAGGGUAAUUUUUCUGCAGAAUCCUUGUCAACAACCUAGAAAUUAAAAUAAUACAAUUA